AUUGAUUCCUGGUAUUCAAAAUCCAGCAGAUCUUGCUACACGAGGCUUAUCACCUUCUCAAUUAUUAGAACGUACAGACUGGUGGACGGGACCACCGUGGCUACAGCAAGAUGCUUCUAACUGGCCUCUAACAUCUAAAGUCAUUCCUAUUGAAAGUGAUCUCGAAGAACGGUUAAUCAAAGUUUCCGUCGGUGUUAGUACUACAUCAGAAAAUACUUGGUCUCUUCUUACUCGUUAUUCUAGCCUGACUAGAUUAUUGCGCAUUACUGCAUGGUGUCUUAGAAUAGUAGCGAGAUUCCGCAAAUCAUUCCAUUUAACCAUAACCGAUCCGAUAACUACUCAAGAAAUUGAAAAAGCCAAACUCUAUUGGAUUUCGUUAGUUCAAAAAUCAUCCUUUCAUAAUCAAGGUCUACUCAGAGUCGGAGGUCGUCUCAAAUUCUCUCUUUUAUCGGCCGACGAAAAACAUCCUAUAAUUUUACCUAAGAGUUCACCUCUUUCUUCUCUGAUAAUAGCAGAUGCUCAUUCGCGCACCAUGCAUGGAGGAACUCAACUUACAUUAGCAACUAUUCGAAAUGAAUAUUGGAUUAUAGGAGGGCGGGCUCCAGUAAGAUCAUUCAUUCUCAAUUGCGUUAAGUGCGCUCGGUAUAGACAACGACGAGCUCAACAAUUAAUGGGUCAACUCCCAGUAGAGAGAAUUACCCCUUCUCGAGCCUUUUUACAUUCCGGAAUUGACUACGCUGGUCCUAUUCCACUAAAAACUUGGAGAGGAAAAAACGCUCGUACCUAUAAAGGUUAUAUAGCACUAUUUGUGUGUGAAGCUACAUCUGCUGUUCAUAUUGAACUAGUAACGGAUUACACUACGGAGGCUUUUAUCGCUGCCUAUAAAAGAUUCACCUCGAGAAGAGGAAUAUGUGCAACUCUGAGAAGUGACUGCGGAACAAAUUUCAAAGGAGCAGAUGCCGAAUUACAACGAUUAUUUCAAUCCUCGUCAAGAGAAUGUAAUGAGUUAGCAACUCUGCUUGCAAAUGAUGGUACGCAAUGGCUUUUCAAUCCACCUUCUGCACCUCACUUCGGAGGUAAGUGGGAGGCUGGAGUCAAGUCUGUGAAAUAUCAUCUGAAACGAGUUCUAGGUGAAUCUGUACUAACCUAUGAAGACAUGAACACUUUAUUAAUUCAAAUUGAAGCUAUCCUUAACUCUAGACCGUUAAGUCCUUUAACUGAUGACUCCGAUGAUCUCACUGCAUUGACGCCAGGUCAUUUUUUGGUAGGUGACUCACUCUCGAUAGUACCUGAGCCUUCGCUCGAAAAUGUUAAAAUUUCUCAACUAUCUCGAUGGAAACGUACUCGUCAAAUGUUAGACUGCUUUUGGUCAAGAUGGUCUAAGGAAUGCCUUCAACGUUACCUAUCUAUAUAUAAAUGGAACCAAACUUCCUCGUCUAUAAAGGAAGGUUCUCUAGUUCUGGUCUUAGACGAGAGAUAUCCUCCAUCCAAAUGGCCUCUCGGCAGAAUCACCAAAACCUAUCCAGGCCAGGAUGGCCUAAUACGAGUUGUUUCUGUUCGUACACAGAAUUCAGUUUUAAAACGUCCAAUAGUCAAAGUCUGUCCACUUCCUAUCCUCCCAAAUGAGUCACAAAAUUAGUUCGCUAACUAUAGUUAAC